CGUAGUGGCUAUGUUAUGAUGGUGUUGGUUUUAUGGUGAGGGUGCAGUCAGCCCCCAACCAGCCUAUAGUUCUAAUUAUAUAAUUAUUAUAACUCCCACAUCAUCUUAGAACAGGUGGGGCUGUGUGGAACUCAAGCCAGAGGUGGAACAAGUAAACAUAGUUGCUGGGUCUCUGUAACCUGCUUUACAUGAAAGUGCCCUACUAACACAACACAAAUGUAGGAAGUGGCUCAUUAAACCAAGUGAUCUCUGUCAGUGCGGAUAGGCAACAGUGAUUAUAAAAGCAGCCAAGUAUCCAGAGCACAAGAGUGGACUGAGUUCAAAAGUGGAAAAACAAAAUCAAAUUCUCAUGGAGACUCCUGACUUUGUCCAGGACAAAUUAACUGAGUGGGGCCUCAGUGACUUCAUACAGAGAUUUGAAGAUGAAGGCAUUGACAAGGAAACUUUCCUUUGUCUUGAAGAUUCAAGCACCAUCAGUGUCUUGAUUCCUAAAAUUGGACCAAGAGUAAAAUUCAAAAAGAGACUCAAACAAUACUUACAGACCCUGAAAGGAAAGCACACUGAUACUCCUGAAAUGAUGGACACCAACACUGAAACAAAUUCAGAGCAAGAGGACAGCUCUGAAAUGGAACCAACAUUUUUUCAAUGGCACUUUGAGUCUACUUCAACAUCUGACACAGACAGUGGUGAUGAGAUGAGUGAGGAACCAAUUUACCCUGGUGCAACAGUAACUCAAGGACAAGGUCUACUUGCUGUUGUACUCUUUAUGCUGCGUCAUCAUCUAAAUUCUGCUGCUGUUCACAGGGACUUAAUGGCUCUACUGAAUUUUCUCAUCCAUAACCUGGUUGUUGCAUCUAAGUAUCUCUCUGAUAAGAUCCCCCUGUCCACUGUGUUUUACUGCCAGAACUGUCAAAAAUACAUGGGGAAAAAUCCUGUUGAUGCUCCUUGUUUGCACUGUGGCAAAAUGUUCAACAGAGCAAAUAGUACUCAAAGUGGACACUUCUUCUUGUUUGCAUCACUGAAAGACCUUCUGAAAGACAUCCUUAUGAACCAUGGCCAUGAGUUGUUACCUAAAACAGUCAACUGUGGACAUGACAUCAAAGAUGUGAUGGAUGGGAUGAUAUACCAGAAUCUGCUAAAACAAGGUAGAUUGUCUGCAGAUGACCUUACACUGUUAUGGAACUGUGAUGAGGUACCAAUUUACUCACCCAGAUAUUCAGUGUGGCCUCUUCAGUUUACUAUUAAUGAACUUCCGUACACACAAAGAAAGGAAAAUGUGAUUGUUGCAGGACUUUGGUUUGGUCCAGAAAAACCCAAGAUGAACACAUUCCUAAAGCCUUUCAUAGAUGAGUGCUGUGAUUUAGCCCACAAUCAAUUUCAGUGGAGAGACAGCAGUGGCACAGUUCACUCCUCAAAAGUCUUCUCUUUGGUUUGUUCUUCUGACGCCGUGGCAAGGCCACUCCUCCGGAAUUGCAAACAAUUCAAUGGAGAAUAUGGCUGCGACUGGUGUUUACACCCUGGCACCGUGGUCAAAAAGGGCUCUGGAUGCGUGAGGUCUUACCCAUACGAUGAAAUGAAACAAGCAGCAAGGUCAAACGAAAUGUUUAGGGAUGAUGCUAGACAGGCUGAAAAAACAAACGCACCAAAAAAUGGAGUAAAAGGGUUAUCCUUGCUCUCCAUACUUCCCUUGUUUGACAUUGUUUUUGGUUUUGUUCCUGACUACAUGCACUCAGUUCUAGUUGGUGUGUGCAAACAGCUUAUGUCUCUGUGGUUGGACCCAGUUAACUCUGAGAAACCUUGGUAUGUAGGUCAACAGAUUUCACAAAUGGACUCCCGUCUUCUCCGUCUAAAGCCACCAUUAGAUAGAACCAGAUCUCCACGAUCACUGCAGUGUAGGAACAAUUGGAAAGCAUCAGAGUGGCGAGCAUUCCUGUUAUUUUAUGCCAUUCAUGUCCUGCCAGGUAUCCUCAAUCCUCUGUUUCUGGAACAUUACUUUUACUUGAUGUUUGGUAUUCACAUUCUGUUACAAGAAUCAAUAUCCCAUCAUGACCUUCAGCUGGCCAAUGAGUACUUGGUAUACUUUGUAGUAAACAUGAAAGAACUUUAUGGUGAAGAAAAUGUGUCUUUCAACUGCCAUCAGUUAAUUCACUUAACAGAAAGUGUGCAGAACUGGGGUCCUCUGUGGGCAACAUCAGCAUUCAGUUUUGAGAGAAACAGUGGAAACUUAAGGGAUCUGCUCACUGACACAAAUGAUAACCCUCAACACAUUUCCCAGAGGUUUUGUAUUUGGCAGCACAUACCCCGACACCUUACUUCUUUAGUUUUCAACCAGCAUUCAGAUUUUGGUGAAACAUUAACCAAGCUCUCACCUGUAAAUGAUGCCAGUGGCUCUCACAGCCCCUUUGGAAAAUCACAGCAUCUGGAUCUCACAAGAUCCAUAAAACUAGCAAUAGAAGAACUCUUAAAUCAACCAGUCCCUGUCAAAUCAGUUGAAGCUUUUGAUAGCUUCACUGAUGGAAACAUUGUUUAUCACUCUACAAACUGUGAACAGUCAGACACAACAGACUGUGCUGUUAAACUCAAGAAUGGCAGCUAUGGAGAAAUACAGCUGAUUUUGCUUUUGAAAGAGAACUGUGUUUGCACAUCUACCUGUUUGUGCAAGGCUGUUCCAGUCAUUGUGGUGCACCUGUAUGACAUCAAAGCUGAUGCACUGUUCAGCAACAUGAGUACCAACAAUGCAUCAAAGACUAUCUUUGUAAGAGGUGAAAGGACAAAUCAGCCUAAAGCUUUCUUCUUAGAGGAUAUUAGGAGUAAAUGUAUGUAUGUGGAUGGUUGGCUUGUGCCUCUACCAAACACAUACGAGAGAUAUUAGAGUCUCUGGAUGGAUAAAGUGCUUGCAGCAGCACACCAUAACACUUGACUACUUAGGGCUACAUGAAUCUUGUGAUUUGUAAAUACAUACAGUAGGUGUUACUUGCCUUGCCAUCAACUUUUUGAAAUAUCUUUGAUAAUCUCUCAACAUUGUCCUUUUUUUUUUACUUUAGGGUUUACUUUAUCUUUUUUUUUUUUUUUUUUUGUGCCAGCAGGUGAGUUGCUAUUUCACACUGGGACUACAAGCCCCUGGGCAUUGGCUUUGAUGUAAUAUCAUGUUUACUUAGUGACUAUGGCGAUGGAGUUGAAAAGUUUCAGGUUUUAACAAGUCAUUAUAUAUGUAGCUGUGGAAGAUAUUUAGUAAUUUUUAUGAAACAGAAUGUCUCUCAUUUAUUAAUCUGAGAUGACCACAUUUUGUACAUUCUACAGAGUAGAUAUUAAA